AUGUCUGAAUCCAAUGGUAAAUUAUCAAGUCGUGUCAUGAAUAUGAAAUUCAUGAGGCAGACUUUCGAUCAACCAGUCGAACCUCCAAAGCCAGUUAGGGACGGAUCUCAGUGGAAUAAAAGUAAUAAGCGUAAAGUAGUUAAAAUCAAGAAACCUCAAAAGAAAGUUGUCAAGUCAGGUGUAAGUAUUUCACAGCUCAAGGGUUCUCCAAAUGCUAAGAGAGAGUACUCCAAUGAUCAAUAA